UUUCACUGUUGCAACCACGAAAAUAGCAACUGACCACAGGUCUGGGGAUCUUUACCGGCGCAGUCACCGGCUUGUAAAGCUUAUAUACUCGCUCUUCCUCUCCUUCCACCUUCUUUCUUCAAAUCUCUUCUUUCAACUUUCUCUCCUUCCAUUCUCAAAAUCCCACAGUACAAUAUACAUUAGAUCAUGGCUGGGCUCAUCGCCAAUCCUCUGAUCGCGCAAGUACUACCAGCCGAGCUCUCGUACGCAUCACCGGCAAUCCGGACUCGCCCACCAACUCUGUUCGCCCCAGCCCCUCCCCUAUCUCGAGCCAGAAGGUCGGACGGCUCAUCAAGUGACGAGAGCCUGCGCCCUGGUCCAGAUGGGUUCGAGGAAACUGACCUGCGGGCAGGGGGGCCUCGACUUCCCGAGUCGCCCUGUGAGACAACCGAGACGCUACCGCGUAUAUAUUGGAACCACGAUCUUUUCCAGGGGCAUGGAUCCUACAUCCUAGACACCCAACUCCGCAACAUUUGCCAGCGCAAGAAUGUCCAGCCCAUCUCAAUGCGAUUCUGCGGGAGACGGUCUGUUUACGAACCAACGACUAGUAUAACAUUCACCUUGCUGGUUGUGGCGAGACGAGACCAGUCCCAGGGCAGCUGGAUCAGCCUUGCCAGGAAGCUCUCGAACCACCUUCGCGGUCAGGGACUGCAAGGGCUCAAUGUAGAGAUAACUGACCCGAAGUUUUCCGAGCGUCCCAAGAUACACCCCUGUCUACCAACUGAUGCCAUUUUCCCCAUCUGGACGCAAGUCGGCACAGACAUCUUUGACGGAAUUGACCGUACUGGGGUUUUUACAAUUGGUUGCUUCCGUAUAGGGAGUGACUAUGACUUGCACAAGUGCCCACCGACAAUUCUCUUGGGAGUCGACAAGAAUGUGAGAAGGGAUUGGAGGGAUUUAAGAGAGGCAGUUAUAUCUAUCUUGGAUAGAUAUAACCUUACUGCCGUCGCCGUUGCCAUCAGGAAGGACAACAAAACCACAAGAGAUGGACAGCCCGGCAACCAGGACCCCGGGGCCAGGCGUGAGCAUUGUCGUCUAGACCCGAAAAUGGGAGCUAGCAUAAGUCCUCGCACCGCCCAUGACAGUAAUGGCACCCUCGGUGGAUGGGUUGAAGUGAAGGCCCCUACAUCAGGGGAGUGGUUGCCAUUUGCCUUGACAUGCUCCCACUGCUGCUUUCCGGUGGAGGAAGAACUAUGCGAAGAGGACCUGAAAGUAAUCCGAGAGUGGAAAGAUCGCGGCGUAAACCAAAGGGACACGCAUAGAGCUCGCCUGCUCCCAGUCGACUCUCCAAGCUAUCGUGACAUGAAAAAAGGCCUCAAGUCAAUUGCCGCCGACAUUGAAGCACAAAAGUCCAAACCGCCGUACCAAGAGGUAGAGAACCUUAGGCGGGAAGACGGGUUUAUCGUGCCGUAUAAGGAAAACAUAUGGCGGACCAUAUCAAAAAUCAUCAGGGCCAUGGAAGGUGACCAGACCCAUAUGACCGAGUUUUUCAAUUCCAAGUCUCACCACCUGGGAAUGGUUUUCGCGGCCUCUGGAGAACGCGAAAUGCAAUCUACUGAUGAUCCCACGAAGCUGUCCAUCAGAGACUGGGCCCUGGUCCAACCAGCCCCAUCUCGGCGCGCAGGGGAAAACACGAUGACGCCACCCUCCACUGGGCCCGGAGCGGGAUGGGAAAAGCUCACAAGAUUGCAGACUGAUAUUCCCGGCUUCGGAGACACGCUGCUCAAGGUCGGCCGAGCAACAGGCCAUACACCUGGAACGUACGGUGGACUGAGGACCUGCAAUAUUGUCAAGAAGAUCAUAAACGGGAAAAGGGUCGAAGUCAAGACUUGGGAGCACGUAAUGCUGAGAACAGGAGACAAAGCCACAGAGGAAGGCGACUCGGGCUCCCUCGUUUUUAAUGAUUAUGGCGGCGUACUCGGGAUGAUGUUUGGAGGCUCCGGAGACUAUGAUCUGGGUUAUUUCACAGCUACUAGAGAUCUUCUGGCUGAUAUUCAACUCAUCACAGGGUUGAAAGAUGUCCGCCUGUGUGGCGAGGAAUAG